AUGCAAGUGUCCCCCCGGAGCCGGGCCCGCCCUGCCGCACAGCUGCAGCUGGUGCUGCUCUGGGCCUUGGCGUGGACACAGGGGACGGGCUCUGCGUGUCCCUCCUGCGGGGGCCCCGCCCUGGCACCCCAAGCAGAACGAGCUCUGGUCCUGGAGCUCGCCAAGCAGCAAAUCCUGGAGGGGCUGCGCCUGACCAGUCGUCCCGGAGUCACGCACCCCCCACCCCGGGCAGCGCUGACCAGAGCCCUGGGGCGCCUGCAGCUGGGGGGCGAGGCUGCGGCCCGCGGGGAGGAGGUCGUCAGCUUCGCGGUCUCAGAGCCCCCCAAGCCGGCCUGCGGCGCCGACCUCGCCUUCCGCCUGCCCGCGCCCCGCGCCCGCCGCCUGCGCCGCGCCCGCCUCUGGCUGCACGUGCCGGGCCUGCGGGUCUCCCGGGGGGGGGGGGGGGGGGGGCGCCCGGGAGCGCGAGGCCUCCUGGCGGAGCUCCGAGUGACCGCCGCCGGCUGGCACGCCCUGCCGCUGCCCUCCCGCGGCCUGGCCGGCGACGCCGUCCUGAGGCUGCGGCUGGACUGCGGCCCCCCGGCCCGCCACCGCCGCGCGCCGCCCCCGCGCCCCCUGGACGCCCGCGACCGGCGCCCCUUCCUGGAGCUGAAGGUCCGGCCCCCCGAGCCUGGGGCGGGCCGGGCCAGGAGGAGGACCCCCACCUGUGACCCCGAGACUCCCCGCUGCUGCCGGCGGGACCGUUACGUGGACUUCCAGGAGCUGGGCUGGCGGGACUGGAUCCUGCAGCCCGAGGGGUACCGGCUGAACUACUGCGGCGGGCAGUGCCCCCCGCACAUGGCGGGCAGCCCCGGCCUCGCCGCCUCGCUCCACGCCGCCGUCUUCAGCCUCCUCAAGGCCAACACGCCUUGGCCCCUGGGCGCCUCCUGCUGCGUCCCCACCCCCGGAGCCCGGAGGCCUCUGUCUCUCCUCUGCCUCGACCGCGACGGCAACGUGGUCAAGACAGACCUGCCGGACAUGGUGGUGGAGGCCUGCGGCUGCAGCUAG